AUGGCAGUGUUUGAAGGCUUCAUCAAGAGGGUUUGGGGUCAUCUUGGGAUUGUCCAAAUUUCCAGGAUGACUCUGGGGCUUACCUUGGUGAAAUUUAAUGAUGAAGCAACAAGAGACCAUGUACUUGAGAAUGGAGUUCUUCAAUUUGAUAGGAAACCUGUCAUUAUGAGGCCAUGGACAGCAGACCUUAGUGCGAUCCGUUUGAUUCGCUCAGUUUCGCUGUGGAUUCGUCUUCAUGACCUGGGUUUGCAAUAUUGGGGGAGUAAAUGUAUUAGUGCUUUGGUUAGUACGAUUGGUAAACCUCUUUUAGUUGAUAAAUUUACUAAGGAUCGGUCUCGGGUUCAGUUUGCGAGGGUGUUGGUAGAGAUGGAAAUUACAUAUAAUCCUCCCCAUAGUUUUCAAUUCAUCAAUGAACAUGGUCAGGUGGUUGAGCAAGGAAUAGAGUAUGAGUGGCUUCCUACAAAGUGUAAGAGUUGCUCGGGUUUUGGGCAUACAAUGGCUGAUUGUCGAAAAGAACAUAAGAUAGAAGCCUUAGAUAAAGGUAAGGGUGAUCCUUCUCUUUCGGUGGAGACUAAUCCGGGGCUGAAGCAACACAGGGAUGUGAAGUGGUUAACUCCAAAGCGAGUUAGCUCUCAGAGACAGGGCCAAGGUGCUGGGAGUUCUUCUAUGGCUGUGGCGGUUCAUCAUCAGAAAAACCAGGGGCUGAAUAAGGUGAAUAAACAGGGUUAUGUUCAAGAAGUUUUUAAGAAGAAUAAUAUUGGUAUUAGUGGUCUUUUGGAGACUAAAUUACGUGGGAAAAUACUUGGUGAAUUUAUGGAGCAUAAAUUCCCUAACUGGGAGUUUUAUUCUAGUCUAGUAACUGAGGGUAGAUUGUUAAUUCUUUGGCGGAAAGGGAUAGCGCGUUUGAGUAUUUUGGAAGACACUCCUCAGUUGGUUCAUUGUCAAGUUAAUUGGGUUGGUCAUCAGGAGGUUUUCUUUGUUUCUUUUGUGUAUGGAUUCAAUUCAGUGGAAAAUAGAAGGAGUCUUUGGCAGGAUUUAACUCGUAUUUCGGGUUCAGUCAAAGCGUGGUUGGUUCUUGGGGACUUUAACGCUCCCUUUUCAGGAGGUGAUAGGUCAGGAGGCAGUGUUAUCUCUAGUUCCGAGCUGGCUGAUUCUAUUGAUUGGAAGAAUAAUGCUAAAACUGAGGCCAUCAAGAGCAUAGGCUCUUUUUUCACGUGGACAAACAACCAGGCAGGCUUAGCUAGAAUUUAUUCUAAAAUUGAUCAUGCCUUUAUUAAUGAGGAAUGGCUGGAUAAGUUUCCUCAAUGCAUGGCUGUGUUUCAAUGGGAGGUGGUGUCUGAUCAUUGUUCUUGCUUAAUUUCGAAUUUCCCCUUGAAAUUGAUGGGAACAAAGUUGUUCAGAUUUUUCAAUUUCUGGGUUAAUCACCCUGAUUUCAAUCACCUGGUUAUGGAAAGUUGGAGAGUUCCUGUUCUUGCUACUGGUUUAAAGGCUAUUUUUAUAAGGUUAAUUCGGCUGAAACACCAACUUAAGAAGCUCAAUAGGGACAGAUUUGGAGAUAUUGGCGCCUGUUACCAAUCAGCUCUUGAGAGGAAAGCAGAUAAUUCCAUUGUGUCUGUUAUUAAUGAACAAGGCUUGCUGGUAGAUAAUGGCAAGGAGGUGGUAGACCAUUUUGUUAAGCAUUUCCAAAAUCACCUUGGUAGUUCAAGCUCAGCUACAGGGAUUGUUAAUCAACACAGUAUAGCUACUGGUUCUAAACUUUCAGUGGAUCAGCAACUUUACCUCCUUAAUCCCUUUACUGUUAAGGAAAUUAGAGCUGCUUUGUUUAAUAUCCCUAGUACUAAAUCUCCUGGUCCGGAUGGGUAUGGCUCUGGCUUCUUUAAGCCUAUGUGGAAGGAUAUUGGCCAAGAUAUUUGCUCAGCAAUUCAACAUGGUUUUUCUUCUGGUCAGUUCCCAAAAGAUCUUCAUGAAACAACUUUAUCCUUGAUCCCUAAAGUGGUUAAUCCAGCUAGAGCCUCUGAUUAUAUACCUAUCGCGUGUUGUUCGACCUUGUAUAAGGUCAUGGCUAAGUUGCUUUGUUCUCGGCUAGCAGUAGUGCUUCCCUCUCUCAUUCAAUCUAACCAAGGUGUGUUUGUUCGUGGUAGAUGUAUUGCGCAUAAUAUCAUGAUUCUUCAGGACUUGAUUAAGAAUUAUGGUAGAGCUCUCACCUCUCCUCGUUGUGCGAUCAAAAUUGAUCUUAGCAAGGCUUAUGACACGGUGGAUUGGUAG